AUGUCUGCUGCACACACACAGAGAGCCCUCGCCCUCUACAGAGGCCUCCUCCGAACAGCCCGCCGUUUCGACUACUACAACUUCCGCCACUACUUUCUCAGACGUACAAGGGAGUCCUUCAGAGCCAACCAGAAACUCGACGCUAACGACACGAACGUGACAUCCCUCCUUGCAGACGCCGAGGAGAACCUCGCAGUGCUACGGAGACAGGCAGCCAUCUCCCAGAUGUACCACUUUGACAAGCUCGUUGUUGAGAGAGUCAAAUGA